AGUUAGACUCUGAGGAAGCGGGAACACAGCCUCGAUUUUCGCAAACCCUAACCCGACCUGCCUACUACUGGUAAAGAUCAAAAACUUCUCACAUGGCUGGAGAGAAAGAACUAUGGCAAAAGAUUGGAGAGGGGUUUGUCCAGGAAUAUUAUAACCAAUUUGACAAUACCAACAGGUUGGGACUUGCCAACCUAUAUUCAGCUGAUGCUUGUUUGACAUGGGAAGGAUCGCCAUUUCAAGGGAGAGAAGCCAUUGCUGGCAAGCUAGUAAACCUGCCUUUCAAGCGUAUUAAGCACAUAAUUACAGAGCAAGACUUCCAGCCGACAAUAGAUAGCUGUAUCCUCAUCAUGGUCUUUGGACAGUUACAGGCAGAUGAUGAUCCACCGAUGGCUUUCCAUCAGGUGUUUAUGCUGAAGUCCCAAAACUGUGCAUGGGCAUGCACAAAUGAUGUUUUUCGGCUGGGGGUGCACAAUAUACCAGUGUAGUUGUCAGGAUUUGUUGUGCACAUUGACAUCUGGCUUUGAAUUUAUAAUGUUGAAAUGUUGCCUUUUUCAAAAGGAAAUUGUACGUUUCCUUCACAUUUAUGGAUCAGAAUAACUCUGGAAUUUGUGGUAAAGAGACAAUAUGCAAAUAACAUUCCUGUCUAAUUAAAGAAUUUAUCACUUUGAA